GACAGUUGUGUUUACCCAUAGAUGAACCACAUCUGUUUAUGUUUGUUGUGGGGCUUAAAAAACCUCACAUAUAGGAUUUCUAAUUUUAAAAGAAGUGAAUAAAUAUUCUUCAGCAUGUCUUAUAUGUUGGCUCAUUUACACAACGGCUGGCAAGUCGAUCAAGCAAUUCUGUCAGAAGAAGAUAGAGUAGUAGUGAUUAGAUUUGGACAUGAUUGGGAUCCUUCGUGUAUGAAAAUGGACGAAGUAUUAUAUAGUAUAGCUGAGAAAGUUAAAAAUUUUGCUGUGAUUUAUUUAGUAGACAUUACAGAAGUGCCAGAUUUUAAUAAAAUGUAUGAAUUAUAUGAUCCCUGUACAGUAAUGUUUUUCUUUAGGAACAAGCAUAUUAUGAUUGAUUUAGGUACUGGUAAUAACAAUAAGAUCAAUUGGCCCCUCGAAGAUAAACAAGAAAUGAUAGACAUAGUUGAAACUGUAUAUAGAGGUGCCAGAAAAGGAAGAGGUUUAGUGGUAUCUCCAAAGGACUAUUCCACAAAAUAUAGAUAUUAAUACUAUUUCUAUAAUUACAGAUUUGGGUUAUUUGUGAUUUCAUUGUGAAAUGUUUGUUCCGCUUCUAUUUUAGUAAUCCUAAAUUUAUUUCCUUGUACUAUUUUCUCGCAUAUUUUGAUAACUAUGAGUGUAGAAACAUUUGAUUUGUUUUUUUUAUUACAUUUUAUAUAUUUACAGUAUCCCAUCAUUAUUUCUUAAUAAUUAUGAAAUGAAGUUGUUUGCCCUUCAAUUUAAUUAGUAUACUAUUUGUAGACACUCUAAACAUUCACAAAUAAAAGAAAAAACAAUU